AACUAAUGUAUAUGACACUUACAUGUUUUGGUAAGCAAGAUCAUCCUCACAAGGCAGUAAAGGCAUGUUCAGUGUAAUGACGUUCUGUAGUCACAUUUAGCCACUUGUUAAUAACCACCUUUUGAACUAUAAAGAUUGAAGGGAAAGUUGAGACGAGCGCUAACACAUUUAAUUUUACACAUUUUAAACACUCAUUGAGGCACCACCAAACCUUAGUUCCAAGUUGUAUAAUUUAGGGUGAAGUGUUUAUGUAGACAAACUAGUAGGUGAUUUCUGACUGAAUUUGGAUUGAAGACCAUUCUGCGAGAAUCAUUCAAAGUCUUCAAUAACCUGGUCCGAGGUUUGUUACCUUACAAAGCUCCAUCAAGCAGAAUUUGACAGGUUGACCUUGAAUCUGUGUGUAACACGCUGUGCGUUCCAAUAUCCAUACUAUCAUACUAAAGAGUAUGCCAGAAAUAAGAUUUAGUACAUAGUGUGUCAAAUGCAGAAUGCCAAAAAUAGCAGGAUGUUCUACUACAUCCUGCCUGUUUUUGCAGUAUGCAAGCCAGCAUGCUUUUUUGGCUAUUCUGCACAGCGGACUAUACGUCACAUUGACUCAGCCACAAAGAGAUGACAGCUUGACAAGUCAUUGACAGCUGAUGGACAAAGGUUGCAGUGAUGGAUGACAGCGCAUUCAAGUAACUGAUGACCAGUCAAACAGUAAUAAUAGGAAUAUUAAUUAAGUGAACAAACUAAUCAUUAAUACAACAAAAAAUCAUAACUAUAAAAUGACAAUGAAAAAGAACUCUAGGUGUAAUUUCACUGUCGCAAAUAUAAUAUGUUAGAAUCUACAAUCUUUGCAGUUCUAACUUUAAAGUUAAACUUCAUACAUUGCAAAAUAAGAACAGCAGAGCUCUCCAGGUUGAUCUCCGUCUUUAGUGAACUCUGUAAGUGGCGUUUGUUUUAUAUCUAAGGUAACGGAUAUAAAAGCAAAGGGGUCAAAGUUAAGGGCGUAAUGUUAUGAGAAAGUAGUAUGUCCCAAUUGUGUCCAUACUGCAUGCAACAGUACAUACUUUUUAAGGGCAACUGCAGAACCUACUAGAAGUAAAAAGACAAAGGUUGCGAUUCAAAACACACUCAGAGUGCUCCAAAGAUGAUGUUUUUCUGUAGGCUGAUGUGAAAGUUAGCAUCGCCCUGGCACCCUCAUCAAAAAGUCAUGUUUCUCCCACUGGUUCCGCCCACAAGUUCCCAUUUGGCUCAUAGACUUUACAUUGUGAUGACUUCAUAGAAAGUCCAAGAAAGUUUUACAAAUAUAAAACCACCGUGGCUCAAGGCUCAUAGUGGCCUGUAGGGAAAAUGCUAUCUGGGCCGCAAGAGAUUUUUUCAGCUGCAAUACUGCAAGUGGCCACUGGGAAACAUUUGCUGCACGGCUGAGCAGCUUUCCUGGGGGCCUGUGGUUCCCUCGUCAAAAAGCCUAUAGGAUUUUUCCAUUUUGGAUUUUUGCUGAAAAUAAACUCAAACAAACAUGUAUGAUACUUACAUAUUUUUUCAUCAAGAUAAUCGUCACAAAUGAACACCACUUUCAUGAUAACUGAAGCCUAAAAGCAACACCAAAAGUAAAAAGCUAACGUUAGGCUAUAAACAAACUACACUACGGUUACAUGACCUAAUGUAGUAACCUAACCACCAUAAAUACACUGAAAAGCCAUGUCCGACACAGCUUGGCGUGAUGACAUUCUGUAGUCUCAUUUAGCCACUUGUAAGCAACCAGCUUUUAUGAGACACACAGAAGCUUUAUUUUAUGUCGUAGGACAAAACGUGAAAGACUCUUAAGGUUGUGUUAAUCACAACCUUGUGUUAUUUCAGGCAUCCAAUGAAAAACCCAUUGACUUCAAAACAAGGAAACCAGGAGUGCUAAAAUGCUAACUCAUUUUUAGGACUCAUUCCUGAAGCACUCUAUAUUAAAUGGUCAGAAGUAGUGCCUGACCAAACAUUAACCUCUGGGGCUCGCCUUUACACUGUCAGCAGAACUGUGCUGAAACGACGUCUGUGUAAAUGGGACACCCAGCAGGACAGGACGGUGGACAAGACAGGUAUGACAUUUUGACGACAGAGGAAAGAGUAUUAAGCUACUGCAAGUUGGAUAAAGUUGGCAAUUUUAUCUCAAGUAUGGCCAGUGGAGUAGACAGUGGGGACAGUUAGAGUGACUUCUCACUAUCUGAUAUGGCAGUUUUACUGCAGUCACACGGGGAGUAGCAGGGAUACCCAUUAAGCAGAGCCUCAUCUUCACCUGCUGUGAAAACGUUGAUGGUCUAUUGAUAUACAUUUUUUAUUAACCACAAUGAAAUAUGGGUAAAUACAAGUUUAAGUUCUCUCAGUUGUUCAUGCAUGCAUUAUAUAAUUUUCGAGACUGCCUGUCAAUUUCACACAGACCACAAUGUCAUGCUAAAUUCUGACAUAAAAUUUCACUGAUUGAUGUAAAGUUACAACUUACAAUAUUUGUUUACUCUGAUAUCAGUGUUAAUAUUCUGAUAAAAUCAAGCCUCUACUGAUUCAGCAGUUUCAAACACAACUUGGCCAAAAGAGCAGUGCUACGAUGACAGGCCAAAACAAACACUGGUCCUUCUUUGACCUAUAGACUGAUGCCGCUGUUGGACCAGAACCAACAAUUCACAUUUACACGUGGGUUAUGGUAUAGACAUGAGAUAGCUACAACAAAGUCUGACUGGAAUGCCCUCAACCUUCAACUUUAUGCUUUAUUGGUUGCCCGAUAUGUAAUACAAACAAAUGUUGGCAGCACUGUAUUGUUGAUGGACGGCUGGAAUUACCAACGUUAGGACAUUUUCAAUGCCGCAGAAAUACAAUAUUAUAAUGACCACACCUGCCUGAUGCUUGCAAUGGAGACUACACUAAAGAAGGACCAUGUAAACUUCCACAUGCCUACCAAACCAAAAUACAUAAAACUCACAUAAUGAAUACGCAAUAUAUUCAGUUCUGGCAAAUUAAUCUACUACUUGCAUAGGUUUACAGCUCUUAUAUCCAGCACACACACCUCAGAGUUGUAAGACCACAGGACUGCAUAUACCUGCCCAAAUAUUAUGGUUUAAAAGUGGGAACUCCAAAAGUUUCUGGGCCAUCUGUGGCUCCACCAAAACAUAUUUAGUUACAGCAUUCCAGUAGCCAUUAAAGGUUGGCCCCUUGAAUGACAUGGGGAUUUUUGUAGCUUUUCUUUAGAACUCAAGCUUGAUUAUUUUUAACUGUUGCUACUAAGACGCAACAUAUGACCAGGUACCGUCCUAACAACAUGGGUAAAUCGAUCUUAAAAGUGUGAUCAGUUAGCCUACAUUUUUGGAACAGUUAAUCACAUGACCCACAAACCAAGACUGUAAUAAGUACAUAGUUCCAAAAAACCUCUGUGAUCUACUAUGUUGGAUAUUUUCAAUUUGUGAUAACACUGGGAAAAACAACAUUUCCGUCUCCAUAGGAGGUUAAAAAUCAUGACACUAGAUGUAGAUCUGUUGCUGAAAGUCAACAAGAAAAAGUUUUGUGUUCCAUUGCAAUGAAGUGGUGCAGGAUAUUUAUUUGUAGGCCAGCCUGGAAAUUAACAUCACCCUGGUUCGCUUGACAAAAAGCCAAUUGAAUUUUUCCAUUGGAUUUUGUUCAACAAGAUAAUCCUCAUGAACGUAAUUUCCAUGAUUUUUGAAGCGUAACUGCAAUUGCCAAAAAUAAAAAACAAACGUUAGGCUAUAAACAAACUACACUAGGUUGCAUGACUUCAACGUCGCCACCACAAUGAGGCCGUAAAACUGUCAAUGUUGUUUUGUAUGAUGACAUUGGGAAGUCUUAUUUAGCCACUUGGAAGCAACCACCUUUUUAAAGACCCUGAAAAGCUUCAAAAUGUAUGAGUCCGGCAUAUUUCAUGUCGUAGAACGUGAAAGUAGGAGAGAAGUGAACCGCCUGUUAAGUGAAAAUCUCAUUAGCGCUUACCAAAAACCCAUUAAAAUUUUUUUUCCCAGACUUCAAGAAGAGGGAACUGGAAGAGCAAAAACUCUAUCUUGUCUCCGGGUUUAAUGACCCAUUCCUGCAGUACUCUAUAAUUUGAGGUACCUUGCAAAAAUGAUGCGUUCCCAUACAAGACAUUUUGCAUUAACGUUACCCAACAAUAACUUUUGAAUUCUCACGCGAUAAAGCACAAAGUUAGCCUAAGUUAGCCUAUAGCUUUUAGUGGGAACACUGUCUCAGCUUAAAAAUGACACUUAAAAAAAACAAACAAACAUAAAAAUGAAUGAUGCUGCUGUUGAAAUGCAAUUAAUGGAAAAAAAACAACAAAUCCAAAGCCUCAAAAGACACAAAUCAUGAGUUAGCAAGGUCAGCAAGGGUAGUGCUAGCUAAAAUUAGCCAUGUUAACUAGUGUAAACAAAACACAUACAAUCAACAAUUCCUACCUUUGCUCUCAGAAAUGUUAUCAUCUGUCCAGUAUUGUAUCAUGUUGAUUUAGUUAAAAAUAUAAUUUGAAUGGGUUUAUAUGCUAGCUAGCGCAAAACCAAAAUGUUAAGCAAGCUAGCUAAACCCAAGUGGCUAAACAAGGAUUUAUUUUUUAAUUGUAAAAAUAUAAUCAAUAACCUCACACUUUUGUCUUGUUUUUUUUUUCAAUGUUAUUAGUUGGUGUCUUUUUACAAAAAAUUAAUUAAUUAAUUAUUUAACUUGAAGGAAACCUUGACUGGACUCUGCCUUCUGUAGGCCAGUCGCCUACAUAUCCCAGAAUUCCAUGCCAUUGUUUAUUUGGACUGAGCCUCCGCUGCCGUCACUGCUGCCCAGCUUUGACAGUAAUGCGGCUCUUUGAGUCUUUAUUCUUCUGCUUUAAAAUGAAUGACAUGUGUGGCUGAAGCUACGUGAUUAACGGAGACGAAAAAAAACGGUAACAUGAAAUGGAGAUCACUCGGACCAGACCGUCCUUGUAUGGAGAAAUCGCUCACGGUCUUGGAUUCUGGACGGACCGGUCAGCAGUGCAUGAGGCUGCUGCACAGGGGAGGGCCCUCCAGCUGCAGCAGCUGAUUGAGGGAGGUGCAGCAGUGAACAUCGUGGCAGUUGACUCAAUCACCCCUCUGCAUGAGGCCUGUAUACAGGGACAGACCCAGUGUGUCAGGCUGCUGUUGGACGCUGGUGCGCAGGUGGAUGCUCGGAACAUUGAUGGCAGCACUCCGCUGUGUGAUGCCUGUGCAGCUGGUAGCCUUGAAUGUGUCAAGCUGCUGCUGGAGUAUGGAGCAACCGUUAAUCCUCCACUGUUUACCUUCUCUCCACUUCAUGAAGCCUGCAUGGGAGGGAAUUCAGAUUGUGUUCAGCUUAUGAUUGAUCAAGGAGCUUACAUGGAGGCGCAUGACUGCCACUAUGGGACACCGCUCCAUGUGGCCUGUGCGAGGCAACAUUACGACUGCGCCAAAGUUCUCCUCAUUGCAGGGGCAAAUGUGAACGCUGCUAAGCUACAUGAGACGGCCCUUCAUCAUGCUGCCAAAACAAAGAGCGUUAGCUUGAUCGAUCUACUGGUGGAGUUUGGGGGGAACGUGUACGCCAGAGAUAACCUGAACAAGAAACCCAUCCACUACACCAGUCAGGGAUCUCCCUCUUAUCUCUGCCUUGAGUACUAUGAGAAUACCCCUCUCAGUCUACAGCAGAUCAGCAGGGUGGCUGUGAGAGGGGCCCUCGGCGCAAGAGCACGUGAAGUUGUUUCCAAGCUCGACUUGCCCAAUCGUAUUAUAAGUUUUCUUUCUCACAUGCCACCCCCGGUUAUAGAAAUUGAAUCACCCACAGGGAACUUAAGCCGCAGCCCCUCGGAGGAUAAAUCUGGACCAGUUACACCUGCUGACUCUGUGGAUCUCUCCACAGAAAGUCAUACGACGGGAUGAUGACGUUGGCAGAAGUGCAGCACAGAUGAAAUGUCUUAACACUGCCGCACUAGCAAGGUGCAGAGAGAUUUUAUAACUUUAAUUAUCAGAUUGUUUACCCAAGUAAAUUAGACAGCGUUGAUUUAUAUGUACCAUCAGUUUAUCAAGACUGUUUUGACAUCCAGCAAACACGAAGCAACAGGAGCAUCCCACUGGAGUCAUGUUAAAGGCCACUGAAUGAAUGAUGAGUCCAGUAUUUAUGUGUAUUUACGUGACCUCUAGUGUGGUCCACUGACUCCUGAGGAAAAUACACUCACCAGCCACUUCAACUGUUUCUCUUUAGCUUCUUUUAAAAGAAAAGGCUGUUCCUGACUGUUAAGAGAGAUGAAAUUCAACUAUACAGUCUGUGUAAAGGGCACAAGACUUUAACACCUAGCAAUUAAAGGCCAUGCACACCCAUAAUUAACAUCAACUGUGUGUUCACAGGUGAUACUAAUCAUUUUAAUGAUCAGACGUCCUCUCAGGACUGUGUGGGCAUGUACAGACUGUUGAUUGACACAGACUGUUCUGUUAUCUUUUUGCACGUAACAGCAGCGAGUUAUAAGGUUCAUUCUCUUCAUUAUUGCUUCAUCCAGUCUGAUGACCUCGAAUAACUUCCAGCAUAGCUCAGCCCACCUUCAUACUGAGCAGCCACACCCAUGUGGGUGUGUAGGGCCUUUGAAUUCCAAGAAGCUUUGGCAACACAACAAUUUUGACGUCAUUUGAGUCAAAAAGUAUUGCUUAAUGGUGCGUCAACUAUAUAAACAUUAACUUGGCUCACUCAUCCUGACCAGUUGAGUGUGAAUGUAAGUGUCAUUUCAUUAUAGAUCCUGUAACACUGAACUGAACCCAGAUGGAACAUGAAGUAGUUUGAUUAUGAAGAUUAUAUCACUGUAUGUAUUUGUAUAUAUAUUAUUUAUUUUUCAUGUAAAUUUGUAAAUAAUACAGAUGGUUCUACCUCCUCUCACAUUUGUAUAAAUAAAUAGACCACUACAGGACAAUUUUAAAAAGAA